AUGUCAGAGAAACAGAUUCAAGAUUUCAUACACGGGCACCCUUUGAUGUUUCUUGAGAAUAUUGAUAAUGAAUUAGAAGCUUACUGUUUCGAGUGCCGGAUACAGAUCCCAACUCCAGAGAACUGCGUGCUUAACAUAGACCGAUUGGGUGCUGAAUUGCCGCGAGAGAUCAAACACCCCCUUCACCCCCUACAUGGUCCUCUCACCCUCAGAUUUCUAAACUCUAUGUUUGAUCCUAAGGUGUGCCACGCCUGUGGGUACAAUCAAAAAGGCUUCUUCUUCUGUUGUUCUGUCUGUGAUUUUCAGCUGGACUUUAAUUGCAUUCCGCUGACACCAACCAAAGACCAUGAAGAAGGUGUUGAGCAGCAGACUAUUAAACACCUCGGCAAAACCCAUCCCUUGAUUCUGUGUCAUAGGGAUGGCAAGAACUUUUACCGUUCGUGUUCCGCUUGCAAUCUACCUUUUAAGGACGACUCAAUCUAUGUUUGCCUUGAAUGCAAAACAUUGCUGCACAAAUCAUGCUUUGAAUUGGCAGAAGAGAUCAAACACCACUCCUUCCACCCACACCACCCUCUCACUCUUCUACCUCGACCUGCAGGUGGUACAUACUGGUGUGGGGCUUGCUCCGGGUCACUUUAUGGCUGCACCUACAGAUGCUUAUGUGAAGACCGGCGUAAAUGCGAUUUCUCUAUGCAUGCGAAAUGUGCUUCGUUCAUGCCCACUAUAUGGUCUGAACUUCACAAGCACUUUCUUGCUUCCUUCAAAAGCAUCAGGCACGAUAAGUUUCGGUGUAAUGUUUGUGGCGACAACUCCACCGAAUUCUUACGGUGUGUGGAGUGCAAUUACAAUCUCCACGUCCGUUGCAAUCCAACUUUACCAAAGACUAUCAAAAUUGAGUAUCAUUUACAUACCCUUGCUCUAACCAAUUUCCCAGUCAAAGAUCGUCCAGAUGAAGAUGAUGAUGUGGAGUUAAUCUGUGAUGCCUGCGAGGAAAUAAGAGACUUGCAUCACCCCACUUAUUACUGUGCAGAAUGCCACUUUGUUGCCCAUGUUGAUUGUCAUUCCGUCCUCCCUGAGGUUCUACGCGUACAAGAAGAAGAGUGGUUAGGAAACAUUGAUAACAAGAUUGCAGAGCUUCACAAAAAGAUAGAAACAGAAACAAAAGAACUAGAGCCAUUGAUGUCAAAAUUAAAUGCGCUUUUGGAGAAGAAUUCGGGCAGCAAGGACUCAAGUAACGAGGACUCAGGCAAUGAAGACAUGGGCAACGAAGACUCAGGAAACUAA